UAACGAGUAAAAUAAAAGCAAAAAAGAUAAUAAAAGCCACGCGCUACUCCAAGUCUCCGAGAGCACCAGAGAGAGAUCUGAGCGAGAGUACAGACAAGGAGGAGGAAGAAGAAGAAGAAGAAGAAGCAGAAAGAGAGAGAGGGAAAGAUGAUGUCCGGAAACUAUACGAGCAUUGAUAACCAAAACGUCUCAGGAUCCGUUCCUGCUGCGGUUCCAGAUCCGGGUCACCUCACCGUCAAAUUCGAAGAUUCAAACCUUCAGACUUUUCCUCCAUCUGAGGCACACGGGAAGAUUGCUAGUGGUGCUCGCCCUCCUCGUGAUGCCGAUGACACGUUUUCAAAACCUGUAUCUGGUUCUGAUGAAUCCCAGCAGAGUGGUUGGCUACGGGUAUUCUCUGUAUCUUCUUACAAGUCAUACUUUGAUGUUGACACUUCUGAUGUUCUAGAGAGGAUUAAAGAUUCACUCCUUCCAUUCAGUGGAACGUUCAAUGAGAAAACAUCUAACAGCCCAGAUUUGUAUGGACCUUUCUGGAUAUGCACUACCCUAAUAUUUGUAGCAGCUGCCAUUGGCACUUUUGUGACAUAUGUAGCACACAAGAUCAAGAGUAAAGAUUGGGAAUAUGACAUUAAUGUGGUGCAAUGGUCUGCUGGAUUGUUCUAUGGCUAUGUCACUAUUGUUCCUCUUGUACUGUAUGUAAUUCUCAAAUACUUCUCAGCACCAUCAGGUCUCGUUCAGCUGUUUUGUCUCUAUGGCUACUCCCUGUUUGUCUUUAUUCCAGCAUUGUGCCUCUCAAUUGUGCCCAUCGAAAUCUUCAGAUGGGUAGUUGCAGGCGUAGCUGGGGUUAUGUCUGCCACCUUUGUUGCAGUCAACCUUCGAGCCCACAUCGUUUCAGCCGGUGAAAGGUGGUUCUUGAUUGUCGCCGGGAUCUUUCUGUUGCAGUUGGCUCUGUCUGUCGUGCUAAAACUCUAUUUGUUCACCAUAACAGUCUAAGAUUAAACCGUGCUUUUUCAUAAAGAGGCAUGAACGAGUUGUAGAUUACAAAGUAAGAUAUUUUUGGUCCAUUGACUUGUUACUGUUAGCUGAAAUAUUCAUUCAUCAACUAUAAAAACAUCUUGUAUUCAUUCUUUCCGGCAA